GUGACAUUUUUCAAUUAUCAUGUACUUCUUCCUUGGGCAAUUUCAACCUGUAUGUAGAAAUAAGCAAGACACAAGCUUCAAUUUUAAUGGUGACAAGCAUAGUUCUUCAUAUCGUGUUGAAUUUGGAAUCAUGUUGAGAGGUCAGCGACGUAUACGACUUGGGCAUUAAAAUUGCAGUAGGGACCUGAGGUGACCAUGGCGCCAGGAAAUGUUGAACCUCAAGCUGAACCGUGUUUGCCUCACUUACAACGUGGCACUCCAAAACUCCCACUCAGCACACUCCAAGCUCCAUGACGAAGUCGCUCAAUUAAUGUUGGGCAGCGGCUUGGUAAUCAAGUCCACCAUGACCGCCAUCGCACAGAUCUUGACUUACGCAAGGAUCCAGUGGUAGCGGAGAUCGAUGUGUCAAGAUCGUUAAGACGUGUUGUCUUCGGCGAUGUGUAGAGCUGCUUGGUUGUCUUUGUAUCACCUCGCCAGUAUCAAACCCCAACUGUUAAGCGCUGGAGUACGCCUGUAAUUUGCUUAAUCGACGUCCUUCCUCCGAUAACCUUGGACAAAAAUCGGUUUUGAAUGUACGCUACAGUU